UCUCAGAGCUUCGAAUCCGCCGCGCUCUCUCCAUCAAUACUCGGAGGUUUUCUCGGUGCUCCAUUUGCGCCUGCGUGGUCCCGCCCCUCCCCACGCGCGGACUCGCGCUCAAGUUCCCGCCCGGCCUCUGGCCAGCUGCAAUCGGCCCUUUCUUUCUCAGUCGGACCCGCAGCGUGCGGCGCCAGUACCAUGCUCUUCUACUCCUUUUUCAAGUCGCUUGUGGGCAAGGACGUGGUCGUGGAACUCAAGAAUGACCUGAGUAUCUGUGGAACCCUCCAUUCUGUGGAUCAGUAUCUCAACAUCAAACUAACUGACAUCAGUGUCACAGAUCCUGAAAAAUAUCCUCACAUGUUAUCAGUGAAGAACUGCUUCAUCCGGGGCUCAGUGGUCCGCUAUGUGCAGUUGCCAGCAGAUGAGGUGGACACACAGUUGCUACAGGAUGCAGCAAGGAAGGAAGCCCUGCAGCAGAAACAGUGAUGGCUCCUGAUCUCUUUCCACUCCCUUAUCCAUUGAUGACCCAUAACUUCAUGUCCUUGUUGAGAACCUUUCCCUCCAUACUUGAGGUGUUUUUUUGUUUUUUUUUAAAUAGUGAUGGGUUUUUUUAAAAAAUAAAGGGAUUGAGUGGAUGAGGGGGUUAAUAGUGUAAUAGUGGGGAGCAGCUAUCCCCUGUUGAGAAGGGAAGGAUAAGAAGGCUGGGCCACUAACUGCAAAGCCCUGGCAGUCCCAGCAUCUGCCUUUCUCUUUCCCUGGAGACAAUGAGAGUUUUCCUAGUUCUUUCUAGGGCAGCAUAUGAUUCAUUUGGGGGACAGAAGGAAUCUAUCCCGCAUCGGGAAUAAAAUUUAUGAUGCAAAAUUGAGUUCUGGUUCUGUGGUCUGUAUUUUGGUGUGUGUGUGGGGGGCAGGGAGAGAUGAUGGAAAAGGGUGUUGAAUUCAUUUAAGCCCUGAAUGAACUCCCCAGAGAAGAAUCCAGCCCAACUUCCCUGCAUUAUCUGCCUUUGGCAUAAAACUUACAAUACCUCAACUGUACUACCCUGUGUUUCCUGAACGUGCCCUACCAACACGUUC